GCAAGCGUACAAGGGAAUAUCGUUCCAGGUCUCGACGAGCGGAGUCCAGUUUGUUUUUGGUUUCAGUUUCACUGCUUAAUAUACGUAAUCUAUAUAAAACGCGGGGCACAAAUCAAUCAUAAGUUGUCGCAUAUCGAUUUGCCAAACGGUACAUCGUAAAAACAGCACUGAGGCUUCAAAUUUUGUUUACGUCGCGUUUUUUUCAUUCAGCAUCGCAGCCCCGCACAUUCAGUACAAGGGAGAGAUUGAUCGUUUUUUUGUGACGUUCUCGCACAAUGGUUACCGUUUUUUAGCAUCGGUUUUGGUGUGUUUUUUAUUGCUUGAAGAACUAAAAAAUGGCCAAAGCUCUAUUGCCGGUAUCGCGCGUGAACACGAUAAUGAAAAGUUGUUCGGACGUCGAGUCGGUGUCGAAAGAGUCGUCUUACUUACUGUCCAAAGCAGCGGAGCACUUCAUUAAAGUUCUGGCGGAAAAGGGCUACGAGAAGGCAAAUGCGGGCAAAAAACUCGAUUACAAGCACGUGGCCGAGGUCGUGCACGACGAAGACCGCUACGACUUUCUGAGGGACAUAAUGCCGAAAAAGAUCACGGUGGCGGAAUUCAAGAGGAUAAUGGCGCGAAAGUCGGGCGACGACCAGGAGAACGGCGACCUGUCCUCCAGCUCGGAGGACGAGGAAACGUCGAGUAGUGAAGAAGAAACGGAUGACGACAGUGCUUAACAUUUUGUUUUUUUUUGUAAUUUUACGUUGUUGACAUUCCCAUUGUAUUUGAACGUCUAAUUUAUACGAUUGAUACUAGUACAAGUAUUAUUUUUGUAUUUUUUUGUAAUUGUUUUUGUAUUUUGUAAUUGUAAUUGGAGAGAUCCAGACGGUGAUAAAUAAAUAGAUCUGUUGUUAUAAAGCUGA